GUUAUCCAAGCAUUAUUGAACCAUCCGGUGAGACACAACUGAUUGGUCAUCAAUCUGGAAAUUUAACUUUAACUUGUGUAGCAUACGGACGUCCACCACCAACGAUUAGCUGGCGAUAUAACUGGGGUCAUUUACGUGAAGGUGUUACACAUUCAAUUAAUUAUACAGUUAUUAAUUGUAAUAUGGCUGUUAGCCAUUUAACUUUAACUGACUUACAACCACGUGCAAGUGGUUUGUAUACAUGUGAAGCUGUGAAUCGAGGACGAGCACUGGCACCGGAUUUCUUAGUUAAUGUAGCAA